AAUGUUGGCCAAAGGGGAGGUGUCACGAGUACAGGUGGUUCCAGAGAGUGACGUUGUGGAGAUCUACCUUCACCCUGGUGCAGUCAUCUUCGGCAGACCUAGACUUGCCCUGAUGUACCGAAUGCAGGUGGCCAAUAUUGACAAGUUUGAGGAGAAGCUUAGAGCAGCAGAGGAAGAGCUGAAUAUAGAUACCAAAGACAGAAUACCAGUCACCUACAAGCGCACAGGCUUCUUUGGGAA